UUCACCUAUAAGGACAAGAGAUUAACAAUGGAACCAUCAAAAGAAUAUUUAUUCAAAUACAAAGGGUUUUAUUUUGGUGCAAAUACUUCACUUGAGUAUGUAGCUUCCCUGGAGGAUUUUGAAAUCAAAGACAGUGACAUAUUUAUAACUACUUACCCAAAAUCAGGAACAGUGUGGACUCAAAACAUUCUGAGCUUAAUAAUUCAUGAAGGCCACCGUAACGGAACAGAAAAUAUGGAGACCAUGGACAGAAUCCCAUGGCUAGAAUACAAUAUAAAAAAUACGGAUUAUACAGCUCUUCCUUUGCCUCGUGUGUUUGCCACCCAUCUGCCUCACUACUUAGUCCCGAGAGACCUGAGAAACAAAAGAGGACGUAUUAUUUAUAUUACCAGGAACCCUAAGGAUGUUAUGGUUUCUUACUACCACUUCUCCAAAUUCAUAACCACAUUAGAGGAAGUACCAGAUUUUAACCUUUUUAUGGAAAGAUUUUUAGCUGGCAAAGUACUUGCCAGUUCGUGGCUGGAUCACGUUACAGGCUGGUACAGUCAUGCAGAGGAUUUCAAUAUACUCUUUCUUACCUUUGAAGAAAUGAAAAAGGAUCUCAGAAGCGCUGUGCUGAAGAUCUGCAACUUCCUCGGCAAGAAGCUGAGCGACGAGGAAGUGGACAGUGUGGUGAGACAGGCUACAUUUGAGAACAUGAGAAAAGAUCCCAGGGCUAACUACGAGAACUUGCCAGAUGACUUCGUAGUGAGAGACAAGGGUAGUUUUCUCCGAAAAGGCACUGUUGGAGACUGGAAAAACAUCAUGACAGUGGCACAGAGUGAAAAGUUUGACAAAAUUAUUGAAGAGAAAAUGAAGACCCUGCCCAUCAAAUUCAUCUGGGAUAUUAGUGAAAUGUAG